AUGCAGGACACUGUAGCUUUAGAACUGGUUGGGAAUGAUUUUCCUAGUGUUCUUGAGGAAUACUUUUCUGACAAAGAGCAAUUCCUUUUAUUUGCAAAUGAGCAGGACUUCGACCUCGAUACAUGUAUGACAUUGUGCGAUACGGUAGGAUGUUUAAAUGAGCAAUUGGAUUCCUCAGAGACACUGCGGGCUAUUAGCUACGACUGCUUAGCGUAA